AUGGCGGCCUCCCGGGAGGUCGUCCUCCGCGUGGAGGGGAUGACGUGCGGCUCGUGCUCGGGCGCGGUGACCGCGGCGCUGCGAGCGGUCGACGGCGUCGUCGAAGCGUCCGUGUCGCUGACGGACAAGACCGCGACCGUGUCCUUCGACCCAUCGCGCGCCACCUUCGAGUCCCUCCGAGACGCCGUGGAGGACUGCGGCUUCGACGUCCCGGUCGCGACGCGGGGCGGGGCGACGCCGGCGACGCCGGCGACGGCGACGUCGGCGUUGUUAAUCGUCGAGGGCAUGACCUGCCGCCGGUGCGUGGAGUGGGUCUCGCGCGCGCUGCGCUCCGUCGACGGCGUCGUCGACGUCGAGGUCGACCUCGAGACGAAGCGCGCGCGCGUCACCGGCGCGCUCGCGGCGCCGCGGGACCUCGUGCGAAGAGUCAACGACGCCGGGUACUCCGCGCAGCUGCUGCUUCGCGCGGACGCGUCGGACGGCUCGGGCCGCGUCGGGCUGAGCGCGGUUGACGUCGUCGUGCGCGGCGGUUUGGACGACGACGACGACGACGAUCGCGAGAGCCAGACGACGGCGCUGCUCGGUCGCGGCGCGUCGAGUCGCGACGCGCAGGAGGUGACGCUCCGGAUAUCCGGCAUGUCCUGCGCGGCGUGCGUCGCGAAGGUUGAAGAGGCGGCGAGGCGCGCGCCCGGGGUGGCGAACGCCGUCGUGAACCUUCUCGCGGAGACGGCGACGGUGACGUUCGAACCGCUCGCGACGCGCGACGCCAGCGCCGUCGCCGCGGCGAUCUCGUCGUACGGGUACCAGUGCGAGGUCAUCGACGCGUCCGGGCUCGCGUUCCGCGUCGGCGGCAUGGUGUGCGCGUCGUGCCCGCCGCGCAUCGAGAUGUCCAUCGGGCGGAUGCCCGGCGUCUCCAGGGUGGACGCGAACGAGCUGCUCGGCAAGGUGGUCGUUCGAUACGACGCGGAACUCGUCGGCGCGAGGACGAUCAUGGCCGCGAUCGAGAGGCUCGGGUACGAGGUGGAUCUGUGGGACGAUCACUGCGGCGGUUCGCGCGGUUCCGGCGCCGCGUCCGCCGCGAGCGGGCACGCGGCGACGGCGCGGAGGUACAAGCGCGAGUUUUUUAUCUCCGUCGUGUUCGCCGGGCCGCUGCUCGUGUUCAUGAUGGGGCUCGAUCACAUCCACGCCGUGCACGAGGCGAUGAUGACGGACGUUCUAGACGGCGCCGCGAGUGGUAACGGCGGGAUGCUGCCCGUCAUGGCGUUGAUGGCGUGGAUCCUCGCGACGCCCGUGCAGUUUGGGCUCGGGAGGCAGUUUUACGCGAGAGCGUGGAAGGCGUUGAAACAAAAGAGCGCCAACAUGGUAGGGAUCCCCUCCCUUCACCGGGCUCUGUAUUCUGAUCUCUGUCCGUUCCGUCUGUUUAUACAACUCGCGUCGCGUUAUGACUUGACAAACUACUCGGGCGUCGCGGCGUAUUUUUACAGCGUCUACGUCGUGUUAGGGGGGAUAUUCGCCCCCGCGCUGACGAGCAACUCGUCGCAGUUCUUCGAGACGAGCGCGGUGUUGAUAUCGUUCGUGCUCCUGGGGAAGUGGUUGGAGGCGAGGGCCAAGGGGAAGACGUCGGAGGCGAUUCGCGCGCUCGCCGCGCUGCAGCCGACGACGGCGACGCUGAUCGACGUCGCUCUCGACGGCGGCGGCGGCGCUGGGACCGGGACCGGGACCGGUACCGGGACCUCGGGCCCCCUCGUGUUGCCGCCAGAUGACGUCGCGCUGCGCGGAUUGACCGCGGCGAGCGUUGGGGAGAAGAGGCACGCGCCGUUCCUCGCGUUCGCCGCCGCCGCGUCGAGGGCGGGACCGGAGCGCGAGACGCGAGUGGACGCGGCGCUGUUACAAAAGGGUGACGUCUUGAAAGUCCUCCCGGGGUCGCACUUCCCCGCGGACGGUCUCGUUCUCCACGGCUCGACCAGCGCGGACGAGAGCAUGAUCACCGGAGAGUCGAUGCCGGUCGCGAAAGCGGUCGGCGACGCCGUCAUCGGCGGCACGGUGAACAAAGAGGGCAUGGUUUUGAUCCUCGCGCGCGGCGUCGGCUCGGACUCGAUGCUGUCGAAAGUCGUGAAGUUGAUCGAGGACGCGCAGACCGCGAAAGCGCCGAUUCAAGCGUACGCGGAUAGGGUCAGCGGCGUGUUCGUCCCGGUCGUCGUCGCGAUCGCGAUCAUCACGUGGAUCGUGUGGUUCUCGCUCGCGUCCUCGGAUUCGAUCCCGGAGCGUUGGACCGAGCGCGAGGGCGACUUUUUAUUUUCGUUCCUCUUCGCCAUCACCGUGCUCGUGAUCGCGUGCCCGUGCGCGCUCGGGCUCGCGACGCCGACCGCGGUGAUGGUCGGCACCGGCCUCGGCGCGCGGAUGGGCAUCCUCAUCAAAGGCGGGUCGCCGCUGGAGACCGCGCACGGGGUGACGCACGUCGUGUUCGACAAGACCGGGACGCUCACGGAGGGCGCCCCGGCGGUGACCGCGACGCGCGCCUUCGCUCGGGACGGCUCCGGCGCGAUGGACUCCUCCGGCUCCGAGGGCGCGAACGUGAGAGACGCAGAACGUCGGACGCUGUGGCUCGCCGCGAGCGCGGAGGGCGGGAGCGAGCACCCGAUCGCGCGCGCGAUCGUGCACGCGGCGGUCGAGCGCCGCGCGAGCGACGACGGCGGGUUGGCGUCCCUCGCGUCGUUCGAUGCGACCCCCGGCCGCGGUCUCCGCGCGACGUUGCAUCAUCGCGACGACGACGGCGGCGGCGGCGAAUUCGGCGGCGGCGGCGAGACGACCACGGUCGUCGUCGGGAACGUGAAGCACGUCGUGGAGCACGGCGUCGAGCUCACGCCCGCGGAGCUCGAGGCGGUGCGCGCGGAGGAGGAACGCGGGCAAACCGUCGCCGUCGUCCUCGUCGCGGGCGCGUCGCGCCCGCGCGGCAUCGUCUGCGUCAGCGACCCGGUCAGAGCGGAGGCGUCCGAGGCGAUCGCGGCGCUGCACUCCAGGGGGAUAUCGACGUCGAUCGUGAGCGGGGAUAACUGGCGCGUCGCGCGCGCGGUGGCCGCGUCCGUGGGGAUCAGGCACGUCAUCGCGGAGGCGCUUCCGGCGGGGAAAGUGGACGCCGUCGCGGACCUUCAGCGGGACGGGCGCGUCGUCGCCGUUGUCGGCGACGGCGUGAACGACGCGCCCGCGAUGGUGCAGUCCGACCUCGGGAUCGGCAUCGGCGCGGGCGCGGACGUCGCCAUGGAAGCCGCGGGGGUCGUGCUCGUGCGGUCGAACCUCCUCGACGUCGUCGCCGCGUUGGACAUCAGCAAGGUGACGUUCCGACGCAUCCGUUUGAACUUGUUCUUCUCGCUCGCGUUUAACUCGUUGGGGAUACCGAUCGCGGCGGGGGCGCUGUACCCGCUCAUCGAAGUCAGGCUGCCGCCGGAAGUCGCGGGCCUCGCGAUGGCGUUGUCGUCCGUGUCCGUGGUCCUGAGUUCGCUGUCGCUGCGGUCGUACCGCCCGCCGAUAGGGUCGCACUCGAGGGGGGACACGUCGUGA